AUGGGAACGAUAUCUGAGCCUGAAUUUGACACUCGUUAUGGCGAAGAACGUUCAACAAAAACUUCCUUAAUAUUUGCACUCAAUGAAGAAGCAGUUGGAAGUUUAUCCAAAGCAUUACAAAUAUUUGAGGAACAUGGUGUAAAUCUCCUACAUAUUGAAUCACGUUUAGCAAGACAAAAUAAAACUGAUCAUGAAUUUUAUGUAGAAUGUGAUAAUAGUAGGGGUGGUAUUGUAGAAGCGGUGAAAGAAUUAAGACAACGUAGUAAAUAUAUUCAUAUAUUAUCACGAGCCCAUAAAGCGUUACAAGAAUCAGUUCCUUGGUUUCCUCGAAAAAUUCGUGAACUAGAUCAAUUUGCCAAUCGUAUAUUGUCGUAUGGUUCAGAACUAGAAUCUGAUCAUCCUGGCUUUCGUGAUGUGUUAUAUCGUAAACGACGAAAAGAAUUUGCUGAUAUAGCAAUGAAUUAUCGUCAUAAUGAGCCAAUACCACGUGUAACAUAUACUGAACAAGAAAUUCAAACAUGGUCAACUGUUUUCAGAGAACUAACUCAGUUGUAUCCAUCACAUGCUUGUAAAGAGUUUAACAACAUAUUUGCAUUACUUAUCGAUAAUUGUGGUUACAGUGAAAAUAAUAUACCUCAAUUAGAAGACGUAUCACAAUUUUUGAGAGAUUGUACGGGUUUUCGUUUACGCCCUGUUGCUGGAUUAUUAUCAUCGCGAGACUUUUUAGCUGGCCUUGCAUUUCGCACAUUUCAUUCAACACAAUAUAUCCGCCACUAUAGUGUACCAAUGUAUACUCCAGAACCAGAUGUUUGUCAUGAACUUUUGGGACAUGUACCACUCUUUGCUGAUCCAGAUUUCGCAGAAUUCAGUCAAGAAAUUGGUUUAGCUAGUUUGGGAGCGCCUGAUGACUAUAUUACACAUUUAGCAACAGUUUAUUGGUUCACAGUUGAAUUUGGUUUAUGUGUUGAAAAUAAUGAACGUCGUGCUUAUGGAGCAGGUUUACUGUCUUCGUUUGGAGAGUUGCAGUAUUGUAUCUCGGAUAAACCAGCCAUCAUGCCUUUCGAUCCGGCUCGUGCUGCUAUUCAACCAUAUCCAAUCACAUCAUUUCAACCAGUUUACUUUCUUGCCGAAAGUUUCAAAGAUGCCAAAGAAAAAUUAAGACAAUAUGCCAUGACAAUUCCACGACCCUUUGCUGUUCACUAUAAUCCUUAUACACAAUCUAUUGAAGUCAUUAAUGGCAAAGAACAAAUUGUUAAUAUGUUUCGUCUUCUUCGUGGUGAAAUGGAUGUAUUACAUGAUGCAUUAAAAAAAUUGGAAUUGACUAAUGUUCUAACGAAUUAG